GGGUAAUCUAUUAACUUUGAUCAAAAGUUCUCCAUACUUUUGAAGCCUCUUUCUUUCUUUCCAGAAUUAUUUAUUUUUGGCUGUUUGAAUUUUCUCAUAUAUCUGUCGGUGAACACUUGCGGUGUUUUGUUUGUCAUAUUUCUUCAGAAGCAACACGUUUCAGAGCCUUACCACUCUUUCGAACGAAGGAAUUUAUCUCAUUCUCGCGGAAAUCCUUUACUCCAUUAAAUAUGCGGUCAUUUACAUUUGCCGCAGCGGCAAUUCUUUCUUUGGUUAGCUCUUCGCAGGCCUUUCCUCAAAAUGGUGGAGGAGGGUACGGAGGAUAUGGGGGUCAAGAAUCAUCAUCGUCGAUAUCUGUUGCAGUUGCAACAUCAGCUACAUCAUCAGCCAGUUCCGUAUCAAUCGCCGAAGCAGCAGUGUCAACAAGCACAACUGCCUGCAAUAACUCACCAGAACUAUGCAGUCGAAACUAUAACAACAUAACACAUAUGGGUGCCCACGACAGUGCAUUCCUUCGAGACUCAACGACCGGGUUUUCGACAGCAGGGAAUCAGUUCUACAACGCUACUGUUGCUCUAUCCGCCGGUAUUAGAUUGCUUCAAGCACAAGUCCACAACUCAAAUGGAACUUUAGAACUAUGUCACACAUCUUGUUUACUCCUCGAUGGUGGUAGUCUUGAGUCGUUCCUUAAGGAAAUUAAAACAUGGAUGGAUGCCAAUACUAACGAAGUCGUCACUCUGCUCCUUGUUAACUCCGACGACGAAUCGGCUGCCACCUAUGGAUCAGUCUUCUCAUCUUCCGGUAUCGAUACUUACGGCUAUACUCCUACUUCUACCACCGCACCAAUUGCUACGUGGCCAACGCUUCAAACCCUCAUCACUGCCAAUACAAGAUUAAUUACUUUCAUCGCAAGUAUUGACUAUGAUUCCACAUAUCCAUAUCUCCUUCCAGAAUUUACAUACGUGUUCGAAACCUACUUUGGGGUUCUUUCUCUGGACGCCUUCAAUUGUACUCUCCAACGCCCUACCAGUGUUGAUUCUGCCUCCGCCGCCGUCUCAUCUAAUUACAUGGGUCUCAUCAACCAUUUCGCCGACACAGCCCAAUCAUUUGGUAUCACUGUCCCAGAUGUAGGCAACAUCACUACCACAAACUCUGCCGCUACCGACACAACGGGUGCAUUGGGAACUCAAGCAGAGCAGUGUAAGAGCGAGUGGGGCAUCAAACCAACUUUUAUCCUGGUAGAUUUCUUCAACGUAGGACCUAGUAUCGAUACCGCCGAUAUCAUGAAUGGAAUUUAUGGAGCAACUACCGGAAGGACAAACGUUAGUACGAGCGUUUUAACCGCCAGUAGUAGUGAUUCUAGUAGCGAUUCUAGUAGUGGUGCUGGUUCUCUGGGUUUGGGGAUGUGGAAGAAUUGGGAAUGGAUGUGGGCUAUGAUUGGAGUGGUCGCAGUGGGCAACUUGGUCUGGUUGUAGACGAUGUGGAGGGAAUGCUCUUCUCAUUCUUCAUCGGGGGAUAUCUUUUGUUUACGGAACUAUGAUUGAAGAUUUGCUUUUACAUUUACAUAGCGAUGGCGUUUCCGGAAAUUGGGCUUUGGAGAUAGAAUUGCCACGAGAUGGCACUGGUUUCGGGAAAAGACCCAUCUAGAUAGACUUCACGUCACUUCAAUUGAAGAUAUGAGCCAUUGAGUCGCACGUCUGUAUGUACACUCUGGCAAGAAUUAAAUUUAUUUCACA